AUGGCCCACCAACUGAGUGUAUUGCAGCAGAUUAUGUUGAACUUGAAUGAAGAGAGAAUGAAUUCACCACCAGAUCCAGCAAAGAACGCUAAUGACAUCACUGAACUUCAGAAAAUAGCCUUUGAUUUUGAAGGUGAGGUUUCUUCCCGAAAAACUAUAACUGUCAGUCGUGAUUUCACAAAGGAUACUUCAAAAGAUGCUAAGAAGCUUGGAUUUUCAAAUAUUGCAAAUCCUUUAGAGGAUUUUCAGCAAACUCCUCCUGGUGUGCUUGCUUUGGAUUGUAUGUUAUAUUUUGCUCGCUUCCACAGUGAUAAUUAUGUAAAAGUUGUGCUGGAGAAUUGUAGUCGUGCUGAUGAACAUGAUUGUCCAUUUGCUCAGGCUAGCAUUUAUCUGGCGAAGAUCCUUUGUGAAAUUCUAAAGAUUGGUGAACCCCCAUCAGAAGAGUGCAGUACCUAUCAUCGAAUUUUCUUUAGUCAUGAUCGGCCAUUUGAAGAAUUUUUCAGCACUUGUAUCCAGUUGUGGAAUAAAACAUGGAAAGAGAUGAGGGCAACAACACAAGACUUCCAGAAGGUGUUAAGUGUUGUCCGGGAACAGAUCAUCCGGGGUCUUAAUGACAAGCCACUUAAUUUUGAUGACUUUCGUGACCUCUUGAAGCAGUUCACCUAUGCUGAAAUUCUUAAGAAUUGGGAAAAAGAACGACAAAGUAAAGAGGCAUGGGAGUCAAAUGCACAGCCUAUCAUUGAGCUCAGGAAACAGGUCACUCCCAACAUAAUGGAAAUGAUAAAAAAGCAACGAAUGAAUUUUAUGAUGGCAGGAACAUUGUUCUCAAAGAUUAGAGCCAGAGGAAUUAAAAAGGAUAAGUGGUUCUGGCGUUUAUCUACAAACCUGAAAACUUUCCACUAUGGCGACUGGAGUUCUGAAUCUAUCCCAACAAUUGAACAGCUACCAAAUAAGUUAUCAGUUGUUGAUGUUAAAUCCUUGGUAGUUGACAAAGAAUGUCCUCAUGUGAAAGAAGGAACUCGCAGAAAGAAUAUUGUAGUUAACCUGUCUUUCUCUAUGAUCCCUGUAACCUGUGACCCUCAGAAUUUUGUUGCUUCAAGUCAGCAUGAAUUUGACAUGUGGACUGAUGGCAUUAAUACUCUUCUUGGAAAUCCGAUGGGGAGUAAACAAAUGAAAGAAGACUUAGAAAUGCUACUGGGCAUGGAAAUAAAAUUACUUCUCCUGGACACAGAGGGCAUUCCAAUUCCUAGUGUGCCACCACCAAUUCCACCAGAGCCAGACAAUUUGGACUUUUUCUAUAAAAUCUGA